AUGCCCGCCCGCGUCGUGGCCUUGCUUGCCACCGCGGCCUUAGCGCUCGCUGCCACCCCACCCGAUACUUGCUACGAGGACGGCCGCCCGCGCCGCUGCAUCCCCGACUUCGUUAACGCGGCUUUCGGCGCCCCCGUCGUCGCAUCCUCUAUCUGCGGAAGACGAGGCCCCGAACGCCUCUGUGACCCACCCGGAGACCAACCAGCCGAGAAUGCUUGCAGAGUCUGUGAUGCCGCCAGAUCCGACCGACGACACCCUCCGACCCACCUAACCGACUUGAACAACCCUCACGAUGUUACCUGCUGGAGAUCCGCACCGAUCCCUCCGACUGCUUACGAUUCUCCUCCUGACAAUGUCUCUCUUACUCUAUCCCUCGGAAAGAAGUAUGAGUUGACUUACGUGAGUCUUCAAUUCUGCCCGAAAGCGGCUCGUCCCGACUCCGUUGCGAUUUACAAGAGCGCUGACUACGGCGUGACUUGGCAACCCUUCCAGUUCUAUUCCAGCCAAUGCAGACGGGUAUACGGCAGACCGAAUAAAGCUACUGUAACCGCUGCGAACGAACAAGAGGCUAGAUGUUCAGACAGUCAUAGAUUAACUGGCGAAAGCUCCGGAGGCGCACGACUGGCGUUUAGCACUCUCGAAGGACGUCCAAGCGCUGCUAGCUUUGAUAUAUCUCCAGUUUUGCAAGACUGGGUUACUGCUACUGAUGUGCGGGUAGUGUUCAACCGCCUACACAUGGUUAACGAAGGUGAUGAUGUUGAUAACAAGAAGCAAGCGGCUCCGGGCAGUCAGCAUUACGCGGUUUCGGACUUUGCCGUGGGCGGGCGGUGCAAGUGUAACGGUCAUGCUUCGAGGUGCAUUCCUAUGAAGGGCAGCGAGGCGGGUAGUGGUGGUGUGCAGCAGCUGACCUGCGACUGUAAGCACAACACUGCUGGGAGAGACUGCGAGCGCUGCAAGCCGUUCCACUUCGACCGGCCGUGGGGACGAGCGACGGCCAGAGACGCCAACGAAUGCAAAGGUAUGAACAUUUCAUUUCCUUGUAACAUAUUUCACAACAAGACUAAGCAUUUAUUAAUUUAUGGAAGCAUAAAAUUAACAUAUCCCGAUUUAUAA